AUGGAGGCGGGAGCUAGCGCAGACGCCUCUGGGCCACCGCAGCAGCAGCAGCAGCAGCAGCAGGAGCAGGAGCAGGAGCAGGAGCAGCCCUCGGUAGCGCAACCCGCCAAGGAGACGACGAAGCCUAUCGUCGAGGUUGAAGCCUCCGCGGCCGCUGCGAACGCAUCACCGACCACGAACGAUGAGGAAGCUGAAGCUGCUGCGACCAACGCGAAGCCUUCGGUGGAGCAGGACGCCAGCGAGACGAACGACGUUGCUGGUGCCACUGCUACUGACGAGCAUGAAGAGGUCGCUAAUAAGAGCGGGACCUCUGAAGGGGUCGAGACUGUGACUUCCGGAACCAAGCGAGCUCACGAAGUGGAUGAGGACGGAGAAGACGCCGCGUCGCAGAAAGUGAAGCGUGCCGCUCUAGGGGACGACGACAGUACCGUACCCAGUACUUCUGCGUCUGCUGGCCAGACGACGGACGAGACCGCGGACGACAGCUCGGAUGAUGUGGAGAUGGCCGAGCCCAUGGACGAGGAGGAGGUGCUCCGAAACGAUGCAAUGCACGCCACGGAGGAGGAGAAGCGUGCGCACCAGGAGUUCUGCUCCAGCCUGCAGGAGAAACAGCAGGUGGAUGUCUACGAUGUGGGCACCAGGGAGUGGCUCGCAGCCAAGAUCGAGCGCGUCGAGGGCGAGAGCUACACGGUUCACUACAUGGGGUGGAACUCCAAGUGCGAUGAGAAGAUUGAGAAAAGCAGCAUCUACCGCAUUCAACCCAAAGCCACGAGAGCUCCAAAGGCGUGGGAAAAGCACCAAGCGAAGAUCGACAAGCAUCGGCGCAAUGAGGAGCAAAGGCUCGCGGCUGCAGCUGCAACUACAAGUGAGAACCUCGAACGGCUCAAUGCGGAGCAGCUGGAACUUGCUCCUACGUUUGUUCAGACUGGUCUCACCCGGUCAGGACGCGCGAUCACGAGACGCGUUGAGAACGGAGCGCUGAAGAAGCCCAAAACGCCAGCGAAGAAGAAAGAUGCAGCGGCUGUGGAGUCCAAGUUCCCGGAAGAAGAUCUGUGCGGUAUCUGUGGAGAAAUCGAGGAUGACGACCUGACGGACAUGAUCUUGUGCGACGGCGGCUGCCUCAAGUCGUAUCACUUCUCGUGUCUGGGCAUUGAGUCUGCUCCUGAGGGUGAGGAAUGGCUGUGCGAGCAGUGUCGUACGAACGAGCAGUUGUGCUUUGGGUGCGGCCGCAACGGCACAAUCAACGAGAAAGGUGGUGUCUUGCAUCUCCCAUGGAUGUUCUUGCCGAAGCGUGACCCGGACGCGAGCAGUCCUGACGACUGCCACCACUUUCGUCUCAUGCGAAAUAUUAUUGAAGAUGUCCGUCUCCAACCGCCAACAUACCGCAAGCUGGGGCGCAGCAUUUACACGUUCAAGCAGCCGAAGGUCUCACUUGAAGACGCACCCAUGUGUGAAUGCAAGCUACAGUGUGGAGACGAUUGCAUCAAUCGCCUGAGUUUCACGGAGUGCUUCGGCCCCGCACCGACUCCAGGGAUGAAAUUCAACAAGCAAAAUAGAGAAUCAAACUGCAUGCUGGGUGAGAACUGUGGAAAUCGCGCGCUCCACCAAAAGAUUUACCCCCGUUUCGAGAAAUUCCACACGGUUGAAAAGGGCUGGGCUCUUCGUGUGUUGGAGCCUGUCAAAGCGGGGCAGCUAGUUAUCGAGUACGUGGGCGAGGUAAUCAACGAAGAGGAGAAGGAACGCCGACUGCUCGACCACGCCAAGAACAGCCCGGAGGACAAGAACAUGUACAUUAUGGAGCUUGGCAAGGGCGAGUACAUCGAUGCACGGUUUAAAGGCAGCGUCUCCAGAUUCAUCAACCACUCGUGUGACCCCAAUUGCCACCUGCUGAAGUGGCGCGUGAAGGGUGUGAACCGAAUCGCCAUCACCGCUCUGAAGGACAUUGAGCCGGGCACAGAGCUCUCGUACGACUAUCAGUUCCACACGAAGCAGGCGAUGGAGUGGAAGUGUCAUUGCAAGUCCGCAAACUGCCGUGGAACCAUGGCGCCUGAGAAGAUUAACCAGCAGGAGGCACCGGCGAAGAAGCUCACGAAGAAGGAGCAAAUGAAGCAGAAGAAACGCGCUCUCAUGCAAGAAAAGAUCCAACACGAUAAGGAGAUCAAGAGCACUGCGAGGCGGCUUUCGUUGACGGCGCACGUGAGUAUGGGCGACCGAACGACGAUUGACAAGAUUGCUGUUCGCACGGGUCCGGCGGCACGGGAGCUGAAGUGGGCCAAGUUCAAUCAUCUCUUCAUGGUGCGUGACGCUAAGCACGGCUUCAACUUCAAACUUCGCAAGGAACUGCGCGAUAUGAGAGCUGAGGGUAGUGGGAAAGUUAAGCGAGAGCAACUUAGCGUCUCUGGAUCGACGACUGCGGCAUCAAGUCGAUCUGUAAGCCCCGUUCGUCGUUCGGAUACACAAGUGCCGCUAGAAGUUGAAGGCCAGGAGGUUGCGAACAAGGUGACGGUCUCAGAAGAGUGCAAACCGAAGGAGUCGAUGGGUAACGAUGAGCCAGUCGCCACCGAGCAGCCACAAGUACCCAAGGAAAACCCAGUUGUGCAGGCUUAA